AUGUAGAUUUUACUUUUUUUACUAUUUUGUGUUUUCAUUCGAACCAAAGUUUUGCAAAAUGGCGGGAGCUAGUGGAGAUCGAAAUCAAUCACUGAAAGAAACUAUUUACGAAAGUCUUUCAGCAAUACUUUCGCCGGACCACGCCACGAGGUCGAAUGGUGAAGAUCAGAUCAAAGCUCUUGAAGUUACUGAAGAAUUUGGUGUUUUUCUUGCUGAGAUAACUGUUGACCCUACAGGACCAUUGGCUAUUCGUCAACUUGCUUCAGUUCUUUUAAAGCAGUAUGUCCAAGGCCAUUGGUCAGAGCAAUCAGGAAAGUUUCAUCCACCUGAAACAACUAUUGCAGCCAAGGAACAGAUCCGACAGUUACUGCCUGUGGGACUGUCCGAAUCCAUCAGCAAAGUACGAUCAAGCGUGGCUUAUGCCAUAUCAGCCAUUGCACACUGGGACUGGCCAGAGCACUGGCCUGAUCUCUUCCCACUCCUAAUGCAAGCACUGACCAGUGGUCUACCUGAUCCUGUGCAUGGGGCAAUGCGUGUGCUGUCAGAAUUUUCUCAGGACAUUACUGAUACACAGAUGAGUCAGGUUUCUCCAAUUAUUUUACCAGAACUGUACAAGAUUUAUUUGGGUGCAGAGGUAUACAGUGUGAGGACAAGAUCCAGAGCAGUUCACAUAUUUAAUAUCUUUGCAGGGAUGAUAUCUGUCAUGGAGGAGGUGAAGAAGUCUUCAGGAAGGCAUCUACUAUUUCCUGUCCUUCCACAAUUUGUUGAGGCCUUCCUUCAAGGUCUAAAGGUUCCUGAUGGACCUUCAUCAGACAGUGGUCUCAGGCGUGAAAUUAUCAAGGCACUGACAACAUUGCUGAAGGGUUUUCCAAAGCAAAUGUCUGGCUACCUCCCGCAAAUACUUCCUUCUAUCUGGAACAUUUUUACUCAGAGUGCAGAAUUCUAUGUUCGGACAGUUGUGAACAAUGUAGAAGAUGCUGAUGAUCCUGUGGACUCAGAUGGUGAAGUGCUGGGAUUUGAGAACCUUGUGUACAGUGUCUUUGAGUUUGUCCACGCCCUCAUUGAUACAUCCAGGUAUCGCAGCACUGUAAAGAGUACCAUUGACCAGAUCAUCUAUUACAUCAUCAUCUAUAUGCAGAUGACAGAGGAUCAGAUUCGCCUCUGGUCAGUGAACCCUGACCAGUUUGUUGAGGAUGAAGAUGAAGACAGCUUCUCAUACUCUGUACGCAUCUCUGCACAAGACUUGCUUCUGUCUUUGUGCAGCGAAUUUCGCAAGGAAUGUGCACCAGCAUUGUGCCAGUCAGUCACACGCCAUCUGCAAGAAUCAGAUGCAAAUAAAAACACCGGAAAUGAACACUGGUGGAAGCUGCACGAGUCCUGCAUGUUGGCCAUGGGUUCAGUACAGCAGAUGGUGUUGGAAGCCAUACAAAAAGGCAAAGUGCAGUUCUACCUCACAGGUUUUUUACAGUCUGUUGUUCUCGAUGACAUGAACUUCUCAGCAUCUCCAUUUUUGAUUGGUCGAUGCUUGUGGACAGCCAGUCGCUACACCGAAGCCAUGAACACAGAAUUAAUUAGCAGAUUUUUGCAGGCAACAGUAGGAGGACUCCACCCAACACAGCCACCAACAGUAAGAAUCAGUGCAGUACGAGCAGUGUUUGGUUUCUGUGAUCACUUAAAAGGAACAGGCAACAUACAGCUUCUGGCACCAUAUCUGGAAAACAUUCUUGAUGGCUUAGUUGCUGUGGCAACACAGUUCUCAACAGAAGUGCUGGGGCUGUGUUUGGAAACUUUGUCUGUAGUUGUUACAGUUGAUGCUGCUUUCACAGCCUCCCAUGAAAACAAGAUUGGACCUCUGGCUGUAGCUAUUUUCCUCAGACAUGCUGGAGAUCCAUUUUUGGUGUCACUGGUACUAGACUUGAUAAAAGAGCUUGUAUCAAACCCCUCCUGUUCCCAGACAAUCCAAGCUCGAAUUUUGCCCACUCUUUCCAGUGUGCUGACAGCACCUUCUGAGAAAAUCUCCCCUGGACUUGCCUCAGUAUCACUGGAUCUUUUAGCCACAGUGAUAAGAGCAAGUCCUCUGCCCCUUUCAGAAGCAGCGAUGUCAUCUUUUCUUCCAGCAGUUCACUGUGUUGUGAAAACAGAUGAUAGCAGCACAAUGCAGAGUGGUGGAGAGUGUAUGCGUGCUUAUGCUUCAGUGGCAAUGGAACAACUUGUUGCAUUCAGGGACGACUUUGGCAACAAUGGUGUACAUUACCUGGUGCAAGUAAUCAACAAACUACUAGAUCCAAAGACCUCUGAGCAUACAGCAGCAUUUGUAGGCCGGCUGGUUGCUGUGGUCAUCAGUCGUUGUGGGGCUUCACUGGGGGAUAGUCUUGACCUUAUGCUGCGAAGUGUGCUAAGUAAAAUGCAGCAGGCAGAAUCUUUAUCAGUCAUGCAGAGCCUAUUGAUGAUCUUCGCACACCUACUGAACAUUCAGUUGGAAGCAGUUCUGGAGUUUCUUACCAGUGUUCCAGGACCUACAGGCAAACCAGCCCUGGAGUUUGUCUUGCUAGAGUGGUGCUCUCGCCAACAUCUUUUCUAUGGCAGUUAUGAACGCAAAGUCAGUUCCCUUGCACUUGCAAAACUUCUCCGACAUGCCAUAAUGACGAAUGAUCCACGCCUGCAGAACAUAACUGUACCAGGAGAGCUUAUUGUGCAAUCAGACUCACAAGAGCAAGUCAAAACACGUUCAAAAUCUGUCACAAAUCCUGAUCAGUGGACUAUGAUCCCAGUGUUAGUCAAAAUGUACAAACUGCUUAUCAAUGAGCUCUCCAACCAGCUGGAGGCAGCAAUUGCACGGAGGGAAGAGGAUGCUGAGGAGGAAGAUGACGAUGAUGAUCAGAACGAGUGUGAUGAGGGUGAAGAUAAUGAUGAGCUGGAAUGUGAAGAGGAUGUUGCCGGACAAUCACUGUCAAGUCUGUUGGAUGAUUUUGUUGGCAGUUAUCAAGGAUUUGGUCUUGAUGAGGAUGAAGAUGAUGACCCAGAUACAGCUAGUGAUCCAGUCAACCAAGUAGACCUGCAGGCAUACCUGACAGAAUUUCUUCAGACACUGUCAACACAAGUCUGCUACAGCAUGUUCAGUGCCCACCACAAUGCUGCUGAAACUCAGGUGCUUCGUGCCAUCAAUAUCAACCUCUGACCAAGUCUCUUGUCUCUUCUUUACUCCUCCCGUCAUAAACCCAUCCAAGUUUGCAUUUAUCAUCUGCGUCUACAAUUGGACACAGUAUUUUGCAAGAGGAAGAGUGUUUCCAGUCUGCAUUCUUUUCUUCCUGUGGCAUUGUGGUCUUUUUUUUUUUUCCCCCCCCCCCCAGUGGCCAAAGGAGUAUAAAUUAUAACAACCUUCUAAUAAUCUGUUUUUAACUUUAAUAGUAGCUCUUGAAUCCAAAGAAGCAAAGUGUUUAACUGAGAAGUGCAACAUGUUUUUAACUGUUGUUUUAAUUUAUUUUUUAACUGAUGAGUGACAGGUAAGUAUUUUUCGGGUCUUAAGCUGAAGUACUUGAGUAACGAUGGGUUGUUGGUAGUGAAAGUGUCUGAAUCCUGUCAGCUGAGUGAGUGAAAUGAGUCACUGUUGGGUUGUCAAAUCGUUGGUGAAAAGUUGAAAUGCAUGUUGUUAAAGUU